UGGGCCAGUCUAUUAGUGGACUAAAUAAAAAGUUCGUUACAUAUAAUCAUUGUCGAUAAGAAGCAAAUUUAAUUUGAAAGAACUUAAAUUUAAAGUUUACUAGCUCACGCAAGAUAAAAUUUAAAAAUCGAUGCUUGAAUUAGACCCCCUCACCUGACGCAAUCUUCCUCUGCUCAUCGCCAAAUUGAGUUCAGUUGGCAACAUCAAUCGAAUCUGAACGUUGAUUAACAUGAGAUGGGUGUAACCGUUACACCCUUGAUUCAUGGUCACUUGGCACUUCCACCUCCAGUAAACACGUAUGAUAUCGCAUCAGGGGAAAUCCCUAAUUAAAUCAAAGACGUUGAUGAUGAAGAGGUGGGGUCCUACAUCUCCAUUAAGGCGAUGGGCAAGGUCUUAGUCCCCUCAUUAGGCAAACAAUAUUGACGCCCAUUACAGUAUAAAUAAGCAAGUAAAAUCCAACAUAACCAACACAAAACCCACAACCCCCAACUAAGAAUCAAAAUGGCGAGAACAAGUGCGCUGUGCCAGCUAUUGCUCGUGUCGUGCUGCAUAAGUCUAGUGGUCGUCAACGCCAUGCCGAUGCCAUCAAGUGACGACAGCAGCGAAAGCUCCAAAGAACGAAACCUAGAAAGUUCCAUGGAAGCCGGAGGAUGUCCAACUGGAGGAUGUCAACCCGUAGGAUGUCCAACUGGAGGAUGUCAACCCGUAGGAUGUCCAACUGGAGGGUGCCAACCCACAGGAUGUCCAACUGGAGGAUGCGGCCAACCCACAGGAUGUCCGACCGGAGGAUGCCCAGGAAAUGAGGAACGAAACCUAGAGAUCGAGACUUCCCAGGAAGCCGUACAAGUGGAAGAGAGAGUCAGUGUAUCUGUAGAAGAAAUUGAAAUUGAAUUGGAAUCUGAAGAUCCAGCAACCGGCUGUAUCGAUGCAUCAUGUAGAAAUCAAGGCGCCGCCAGAAGACCUGUACCUUGCACAGGUCCAACCUGCAACCCCGUCGCUCCACGAGUCCCAGCACCUUGCACAGGUCCAACCUGUACACCCGUCGCUCCAAGAAGACCUGCACCUUGCACAGGUCCAACCUGUACACCCGUUGCUCCACGAGUCCCAGCACCUUGCACAGGUCCAACCUGUACACCCGUCGCUCCACGAGUCCCAGCACCUUGCACAGGUCCAACCUGUACACCCGUCGCUCCACGAGUCCCAGCACCUUGCACAGGUCCAUCUUGCACACCCGUCGCCCCACCAUCACCGGCACCUUGCACAAGUCCAUCCUGCACCGAAGCACCUGUUGUCGCAAAACCCCCAAGGAGAAGAACUACGGCCCCACCAGUCGCUCCGGCUGAGCCAGCUGCACCUUGUCCAACUUGCAAAACCACCACCACUACCACCACAACAACUUGCACAACAAACUGCGCCCCAACCACUUGUACAACCCCAGGCUGUGCAACUGCCUGAACGGCCGGUGCAACCGGAGAUUGAAGAUCGAGCGAGAGCGGGUAUGGGAUACAAUAGCUGCACACUUACAAUUCUGUAGCUGAUAGAUAUAACAAAAUGGGAAGGCUAAUACAAUACACAGGAACAAACUAAAAA